AAUUUUAGGGGCAGGAUUAACAUAAACAGAUUCAAUAAAACAAACAGAAUUUUUGUGAUCUACCUGCAUAAUGGGAAAAAUAUGUUGCAGUUUGUUUGCAAAUGGUAGUCGCUUUGUAGCCAUCACAAAAACACCAUUCCCCCUGAGUUAAUGUCUCCUCUUUUUAAAUGUUGAAGCUGUGUAGAAAUGGCUGCAGAGGACAACAAAAUGGAGAUCAGCUGCUCUGCAGAAGAAAAGGAUCACAAAGCAGAAAGUCAGGCAGAAGGGCCCAACCAGGAGACUGAUAACCUCACUGCUAUGGAUACAUCUGAGUCCCCCCCCCCAAAAAAGACAAAGCAAAACAACGAGUCGGGAAAAGAAACCAAAGGAUCCAGGGCUGAGAAGUUGAUGAAAUGUCCAGAGUGUAAAGCUGGGAUUUCUCCAUCUGUCACCUUCCGUAAGCAGAAAAAUGACCAGUGUGAAUUCAAUAUUGGUCUGCACCAGGACAAUGGAGAUGACCACACUGCCUGGUUCGAGGACAAGUUAACCUUCACAGAACAGCUUGCAGAUACUAAGAAUAGCAAGCCAUGUCCCAACUGUAAUCACAGUUUUCCUGUAAAGCACAGUGUUGCUAGCAGGACUAAUACGAUGGGUGGAUUCGACAUUAAAUUAUCCAUCAAUAUUUCUAAGGAGGACAAGCUGGAAGAUGAGACUGUUGGUUCGUUGUUUUCCUUUGAUCAAAUUUUAAAUCGAAAUUUUAGCUACAUGAAAGCUAAAAACUGUGUGAAAAUCUCUGUGACACAAUCACAAAACGGGAAUUGUGACGAUAAAGGGAUGGAGCAAGAUGAUGGGGAUGAGAGAUCUUCAGAAACGUCAACAGGAAGUAACACUGAUGACUCCUCUCUAUGGACGACUGUUAAAAAUUGGCUGCCUAAGAUACUAGGUAAACUACCUACUCUAGCGAAACUUGAGCAGUCAAAUCAAACCACAAACAGUGAAAGGCGGUCUUUUUCCAGCCAUUUCAAACCUCCAGCCCCAGUGGUGAAGGUUCACUAUAUUUCUACCAGUGAUACGUUUGGUGCUGAUACUGCUAUAAUGAAACAAUUGAAGAACAACUUAAAGUCAUCAGUACAGUUGGAAGAAACAACCAGGAAGAACUGCAGCAUCAUCAUUGUUUUCUGUCCAGUCAGUUGCAGUUAUGAAUCAGAAGUAAAGUCUGCCAUGGAAAAGGAAGCAGUCUCAUCAUCUGGUAAACCAUUCAUUUUGGUUCUGAUGCAUCACACCAGAGACCUGGACUAUUCCACUGCAGGAUGUGACGUCUCUGAAGUGCUGAAAAAUGUGUUUUAUGUCCAUGUUUUUUACCAUGAGACUAAACCAGGAUUACUGAAAUGUUCACAAAAUGCCCAAGCAAUCAAGUUAAUUGAAGGCGUACUUCUCUGCCAGACAUAGAGAGCUUCUGCUUUUUAUCAGUUUUGUUUUAAGUACUUUAAUUUAUCGACACCUUUCAGCAGAGACCACAAUUGCAUAUUAUCAUUUGAUGAUGGAAUAAAAGAGGGAAAUCUAAAUCUAAAAUUACUGAUCUUCUGACUGUAAACAGCAUUUUUUUUCUUCCAGUUAUCUUCAAUUCUGUGUUUUCUGAAUGCUUAGUUCUGACAGAAUGUAUUAUAUAGCGAACUACAAGUUUGUUCUGAUUCUACGGAGGUUUAAGGCCGAAACUAAUCGGCAAAUAAAAGAAAACAAGAACAGAAGAUAAACAGGACAUUUUCCUCAACUUCAUGCUGUUAUCCUGCAGUCAGCUUCCUGUUUGCUGAAUGAACUUCCUGUGAUGUAAUCCUACUCCUCUGCUCAAACCUUUUCCUACAGAAGGUUCCAAUGUUUUCCUCAACCUCAAAUUGAGAAACUUUAAAUGUUAUGCAGCUAUAAAAAAUAAACAGUGCAAAUGAACGUUGUAGAAAUGUAACAUGUAAAUGUUCUACUGGAUUAAGAUGGUGAAUCUUAAUCCGUAUCUUGUAUUAAUUUUCAUUACAGAUGUUGCUAUUCGAACAUAUCACCAAUAAGUGUCAUGUUUAAUGUUCAUUGGUUUGAUUUCUACAUCUUCACUAUAAGACAAAAAUAUUGCUGAAUAAAACAGAAGAAUUUACUGUUU